AUGCCUACUGUGGAUCCUCAAACCAAUGAAUACCUUGAAAGUACAUCAACAACCUUUGAGUGGACAGUCAAAGGAUUGAAGAACUUGUUUGAUUCCACCAAGGGCGAGGCGAAGUCAAAGGUGACCAAGUCAAUGAAGUUUGCCGGUGGUCGUUGGCAGAUUCUCUUCUACCCGAACGCAGGGCCUUCGAAGGACAAGGAAGGGGCAGAAGCUGUAUCCGGGACUUAUAUCAGUCUUUACCUGUGUUGCGAGGAGACCCACAUAGCCAACUGUCGAGGAGAAGGAGAAGGCAUUGACCGACGGAAAGUAAGCUUUUUCUUAUCUAUCACGUACGAAACACGCAGGAAACGGGCGACCUCUGACACGCAUUACAUCUGUAGAUGGGUUCGGGAAGGCAAUUAUAAGUUCUCAUUUGAGCUCACUAAUCUCAAUAAAACAUCGGUGUACAACGUGAAGGAGGCACAGAACCAUACAUUCACACAAGAGGCAAGUCGCCUAUGCUUUUCACAAUAUCAAGGCUUCUCAUGGGCGCAGUUCGCCAAACGCGACGCGGUAUACUAUAACAACAACCCCAACAGGAACCGUGAUGCCUUUGUUAUCAUAUGUACCAUCACACGGACACCCAGCCCGCCAGCUCCUCAUUCCCCAAUGCGGAGGAAGCCUGUACCAAUGGACCUCCUGCACACGGUCGGUGCUUUACUCGAUGACCCCACGUACUCCGAUGUGGAGUUCAUCUUACCCCGGCGCGGGCAACCCAUACAAUCUGCGAGGAAGAUAUGGGCAUCCAAACGCAUUCUUAGCAGGGCAGAGUACUUUCAUGCUAUGUUCAACUCUGGCUUCGCCGAAACCAACGGUGAUAACAGCGGCCUCGUGGUAGAAGGGACUGGCCAGUCAGAAGAACCUGUUACAGUCGGAAGCAAAUACUGUGAUUCAGAUGACGAGGACGACGACACAGAGGAACCAGCUACACCGACUACAUGCGCAAUCCCUGAAGACGCCGAUGGACUUGUCAUAGUGAGAAAGGAAUCUGACGACGUAGCUACUGGAAACGACGAGGACAUGGAGGAGGGCCGUUUGGCACAUGCUGAUGACGCCUCCUCUUUGACCAAAGACGACUCCAACAGUGAGCCGAGCACCUCGACCGAAGCUCCAGAACUUGGUGAUAUUGGCCCAAAGAAACGACGCGUGAUCGUCAGGGAUGUUGCCUAUACUACUUACCAUGCACUUUACACGGACUGGAUUGUGUUUGCGCCCCUCUCUUCCUCCUUCUCUCUGCCGCACGAAGAUGCAGCUUCUCCCGUUACUCCUACAAAUAACGUGCAUCAAACGGUAGUCCAAGGAAAUACACCGUCCGUUGGGAACGCCCGCUCAGUCCUCGCAACGUCGAGAAGGCAGUGGAUUGCACAAUGGAUAGAAUCAAAUCCAGGGAAGCUGAGGCCUUGCUCAGCGAAGGCUGUAUACCGUAUCGCCGAUCGAUUAAACCUCGUCGAAUUGAAAGAACGGGCUUCGCAGCAUAUAUGCAAAUCGUUGACUGCCGAUAACAUCGCAUACGAGGUAUUCUCGCCGUUCGCCGCAUCCUUUGAUGAUAUACGUCGAUUUGAGGUGGACUUUUUCCUCAAGAAUUGGGCCACUAUCCGUGAUUCCAAGGCGAUGAGAGAUGUCUGGCAUCAGAUUCGUAUUGGUCACCAUCCAGGUUUCGAAGAAGUCUGGCCCGUUAUUGUACAGAACCUCGAAUUCAUUCCGCCAAGCAGCUCAUGA